AUGGUCUUAUCGAUCAGAAAGUCUGUUUCUAUUACACAUAUUCUGCAAGUGCGUCACUAUGCUACAUCUGGUGACUAUAGAAGGGAAAGACAAGCACAAAUAGAUCCCCAUAUAAAGGCAGGCUUACCCCCUUGGCCGAAAUCGAAAUUACCUUCACCAAAGGAACUUUUUGACUUUGAUACCCUUAAUGAUAUAAAUUUUAAGAAUGAUAUUAAGAAUAAGUAUCAGAAAUAUGUAAAGAUAUACCAUCCGGAUGUGUCACUGAAAUUGGAAAUAAAAUUUGAGGGGAAAGUUUUAACUAAAGAAGAACUUAGACAAAGAUUUGAUCAAAUUUCUAGUGCUUAUGAGAUCUUGAGAGAUCCUGUGAAAAGAUCAGCAUAUUGGAGAUAUGAGAAUUCUAACUGGUCACAAGUACAUCGCAACAAUGCACGUCAUAAGGCAGCCACAGGUGGUGGAACUGCUUAUCAACUGAGAGCUACCUAUGAAAGAUAUAGACAGGCCAGUAAGACGGCUGGAUAUGGAUAUCAAGAUGACGAAGCAUUCUGGACAGCAGGUUCUUGGGAAGAUUAUUAUAGAAUGAAACAUAAACGUGAACCUCCUACCGCUGAAGAAAUUGAAAAAAAUAAAUACAAGAUAUUAGCCGGAGUUAUAGCUGUGGCCACCAUUUCUACUGUACUUCAAUAUUUACGUGCAGUUAAAAAGACUGAAGAAUUUCAUGCAGAAACUGCUUAUUUGAAUAAGGAGGCCAAUGCAGACUUGAAAGGAAGUAGAAAUAAUUAUGAGUUUGGUACAGGGCAAUUGGAUCGUAUGGAAAGGUUCUUAGUUCUGAGAAGAUUUAAUUUUUUUGAUAGAGGUGAUAUGGAUAAACAUCAAGAUAUGAAGAAUGAGCAAGAUAAAAUUAUGAGGGGAUUGCAGGCUGGUGUAAAUUAA